AUGAACCCCUUCUCGGUCGUGUCACACAUCCAAUCCAACCUCCCUUCGCUCUCAACCGCCCUCCUCCAGCGAAGGAAGUCCGCCGUCGUCAACGUUGUCGUCCAAUCUAGUCCUCUUACCAAGACUGCGCCUUCAACCACUACUACCACCACCACCACCACCACCACUCGCACACACCCUCUCUCUCCCCAUGGUCCCACCUCAACCACAACCACAACCAUCGUCGAAGAGCAGAACGAAGAGCAGGAGCUGACUGAACAGGCACCAGCUGCAAUUGUCGCUUCCGUCCCCAACAAACCCAGAAACAACCCGCAGGCCAUCAUCGGUAACUUUGAUGGUGCAACCGAGGCUGAAAUGGAGGCUAAAAUCGAACCCGCGAUGGUGAAUUUCAGCACAGACCUGGGCUCCAAGAACUUGAACCGACAUAGCAUCCACAUCAUGCCGGUCUCCACCCCUCCUGUUGUUGCGGAGGAGAAGAACCUGCAGCGCAUUGCCCUUCGUCGACACACCUCGUUCCCUACCCCCAACACCGUCCAAAGCUCUCCCGCCAACGACAGCAAUGGUCUGCCUGAAAGGGCAGCCUCGCUCGAUGGUUAUGACCGUGCCAAGGUCCUGAAGUCCUCACCCUCCGAUGCUGUCCAGGCUACGACCAUGAUUAGCCAACCCAGACGUUCCCACCUUAGGCACAACCGAUCUUCGUCUCUCCCUCUUUCACUUGUCGCUUCUGCCCAAUCCCCUCGUUCGCCAGCCACAGUACCCACUCCCCAUGCGCCAGCUUCGUUGCUGUCUAAUAUACCCGCUGUAGAUUCCUCAAUGGUGGAGAGCGAGGACGAUAGCGAGGAGGAUUCUGAGGACACUGUUGAGGACUCUGAAGAAGACUCUGAGGAAGACGGAGCUGAAGAACACCCGGGGGAUCAAGACCAAUCGAACCAGCCCCGGUCUCAAUUCGGAUCUGUCAGCGAUCUUGCUGGUGCUGUUGCUGCCCCAGCAUUGGCUGCCGCAACUCUUGGCAAGGAAGCCGUCAUUAUCACCCCUCCAGCCUCGCCCUCCCUCAACGCUGCUGCCACCGCUGCCAAGGCACCGACCACUGUUCCUGCCCGUGCCCCUGCCCCCAUUGUUGUUGCCCCUGCUCUUCCUUCACCUCCUACUUCUUCUCCUCCCUCCCCAUCUCCCAGAAAGACAACUUUCACAUCCUCCACCCCUGCACCGAUUAUGGCUGUCUCUCACCAAAACUCUCCAAGCAUACCACCAUCAUCUCCCAUCCACUCUGUCACCUACGUUUCCCCUACCACUUCCUCGACCACCACCACCUCGAAAACCACCACUACAACUACUACCACUUCAACAGCAACUGCAUCCCCUCCUUCGGCUGCAUCAGUUCCAUCGCCCGUCUCAAUAGUAACUCCUUCGAUCCCUUCGACUCUCUCGACCCCUCCUUCAGCACCCACUCCUGUCACCACAGCUGCAGCGGCCACACCUCCUGCUUCCUCCCCAUCGACAGCCUCUUCAUUCCUCUCAGCAUGGCAGGGCCGGUCCCGCGCCAUGAUGCCCACGAUACCCCGCCCAUCGCCCAUGAUGCCCUUCCGUGCCGCACGCAAGGUCGUCAGCUCUGUGACGACAGCAGGUACUGGCCUCUUGCCCACCAAGGAGCAGCUGAACUCGAUCCCUGUUGCGGGUCGUAUUCUGAGCCACCCAGUGAUGGACUCGACCUUGUCCUACAUUGCGGAGAAGGCUUCAGAGCGAGGCAUCGACUUCCACGCCUUGACGGGCGGUAUCGACCCCAAGAAGUUGAUCCGACCUGAGGAUGUUCCUUACCGCAAACUGAACAAGACCAUGAUCCACCAGGCCAUGACUCUUUCUGUCCUUGCUGUCCAGAAGGAGGAGUUGUCCAAGGCUAUGGAUGAUGAGGAUGGUGAUGAUGCCUUUGAGCUCUACUUGGCUGCUGUUAAUACUCUGAUGCACUCUCUGCCUUUCGAAACAUGUGAUCCACUUCGCCGGGAAGCCCUUGAGACCCAGCUCCGCUCCUUCCUUGACCAGCUCUGUCAAAAGGACGACCUCAUUGAGACUGGAAGCACUCCCAAAAGGCUGCGUCGUCGUCGCAGGAGAAGACAUCGUCAGCACCAUGACCAAGCCACAUCCUUGAUCCAUCAGCACACUCAAGAGACUACCGCUGAGCCCACGACCUCCCAGGGCCACCAGCGCCGUCAGCAGAUCCGCCAAAAGAACUUGCAGCGGGAACAGCACAUCAAGCAACAGCAGCUGAUGGUGCAGCAGCAAGCCUUGGAGAAACAACAGCAGCAUGAGCAGAAGGAGAAGAGGCGACAGGACAAGAAGAUUGCCGCUGCCAUGGCUGCCGCCGCUGCCUCUCAGAAGCAGCAGCCUGGCAAAGCGUCUGCGCCCGCCCAACAGGACCGCUCUGCCGCUAAGAAGAGCAGUAAGCGCUCGUCGCACUCUCGUCGUCGUCAGGCUGCACAGUAUGCUCAGCAUCCUCAUGAGGGUUAUGAUGACCAGAACAACAACAAUGGAGGCGGCUUGGGAGAUACGAUUAUUUCGACCGCUGUCCAUUCGGCCAUCCGCCUUAAGCAGUCGCCUAUCCCCGAUGUCGUCAAGUCGUGCCUCCGCACCUCCAAGACCAUCUUCAACAAAGUUGACGAGCGAUUCCAUCUGCAAGACAAGGCCUGGGAGCUGUCCAAGAACUCGAUCGAGAAGGCCAUGGAGCUCGAUGAGCAAUAUGCGAUCCACGAGGUCGUCACCGAGACUGUCUUUGCCACCCUCACGGGUUUGGUCAAGGCCGGGAUCGCUUAUAAGGAGUCGCCCAGCUAUACUGCCGUCCGUGCCGCUGCAUCUGAGAACAGUAAGAUUGAGGCCGCUCCGCCAGUGCAGGUCUUGGAGUCUGCUACUUCGUCGAGGUCACUUCACCCCCAGGGCGCUCAGCUGUCUUCCAAGAGGUCCUCCAAGUCCAAGAAGGCUGCCGCUGCACUGAAGGAGAAAGAGAAGGCUGCUGCUGCCGCCGCCGCUGCUGCUGCCUCCAGGUCGUCGAUCACUUCUCGAUGGACCCGUCGUCCCCAGAGCGUGGUGGUCGAGAGCGAGGCCAGCUCGGACUCCGAGCAGGAUUCGGACGACAGUGAUUCGGAUUCGGACUCGGACUCUGAAGUCGAACAGCAGAAAACGAACAAGACCUAUAAGAACAAGCUUGCUUCGUCUUCUGCCUCGUCGUCUUCGUCUGCCUUCUCAUCUGGAUCAUCCUCUUGUUCGUCCACAGCUGGCUCUGGGGCUGAGAACGACUCGGAUUCGGAUUCGGACAACGAGACCGUCGAGUUGAACCACGAGACCUUGCGGCCCUCAUCCAUCUCACGAGGUGGCUAUAGACACAGGGAUACCUCUAAGCUGCCUCCUCCCCCACCUUACUCGGAACAGGUCCGCGAGAAGAUUGAUAUGUUUAUGGCGCUCAAGGGCGCUGCCUCCCUCCUGGUCGGCAGCCUUUAA